AUGAAUAAUCAGCCUCCACGAGGCUCAGCUUUCGAACGGGACCGCGAAAUCCUUGACCACCAGCGCCAGCGUGCUGUCGACGAGAUGGCUCAUCGUGAGCGCGAGCAAAACGAGCGGUCUCACCGUGAGCCAUACCACCCGAACAUUCCGCCGCACCAUAGCAGCGCGGGCUCUAUUCCCAUCCAUCAACCAGUAGCGUCCCGCUUGCCAGGUGCUAUCCAUAGCCCCGGUGGCCUUCUCGCGAAUCACGGUUCCUCCUCAGCCAUACCCCUCGGGGCCCCUUCCGGUCCUGUUGCCAACUUCGGCGGUCCCCUACACGAACAAGGCAACAGGCCGCCUGUCCAGCACGGCUCACAAGGCAAUCCUGGACCACAGCAUCAAAUGUUUGCGCAGAUGCCGCAUGGAGGCGGCCCCCCCAGUGGACCGCAUGGUGCCCCGGCUGGUUCCCAGGCAAUCUUUGGUGGCCCUCUCUCUGCCCAGGAUGGUCAGCCUCCUAUUCAACAAGGCCAAGUUGCAGGGGGAGUGCAGACAUCUGCUCCGCCCCAGGCAGGUCCUGGCGCGGCUCCUCAGGGCCAACAGCCUAUCCUUAAUGAUGCGCUCACAUACCUCGACCAAGUAAAGGUCCAAUUCCAUGACCAACCGGACGUUUAUAAUCGUUUCCUAGAUAUCAUGAAGGACUUCAAGAGCCAGUCCAUUGAUACCCCAGGAGUCAUUAACCGAGUUUCCGAGCUAUUCGCCGGACAUCCCAACCUCAUCCAGGGGUUUAAUACCUUCCUACCCCCAGGCUACCGCAUAGAGUGCGGCGCCGGGAAUGAUCCCAACACAAUCAGGGUUACAACCCCAAUGGGCACUACAGUUCAGUCGAUUGCUGGAAGGGCAAAUCAAGGUGAUCCCCACCAGCCAGCGGGUGGUCGCAACCCUUUCUUUAACCACCGAGCAGGCAAUUGGCCCCAACAACUCCCCCACGGUGGAGAUGGCUCCGAACCGCCUUUUGGCGGUCCCCCGCAGAACGGCCCUGCAGUGUACCCGCAUGCCCAGAGCCAGGGUGGCCCUCCUUUUGAUGCCUCUGCGCCAGGCCAACAACUAAGAGCAUCCCAGCCGCCUAAUGUUCCUGCUCCCGUGGGGCCCCCAGCCCAGCGAAAUGUCCACACCCCUACUCCUUCCGGGCCUCCCGGGCCUGCCGCUGUGGGCGCGGCGCAGUUGGCCAACCAGGAGAAGCGGGGACCUGUCGAGUUCAACCAUGCCAUUAGCUACGUAAACAAAAUCAAGAACCGAUUCCAGGACAAACCCGAGAUCUACAAGCAAUUUCUUGAGAUUCUCCAAACCUAUCAGAGGGAGUCCAAGGCGAUUGCUGAUGUCUAUUCUCAAGUCACCGCUCUAUUCCACACUGCGCCCGACCUACUCGAGGACUUUAAGCAAUUCCUUCCUGAAUCUGCGGGGCAGAAGGCAACCCCCGGCCGAGCGGGUGAAGAUCAGGCCGCAAUUGCGGGUGCAAUGCACACGCCGCAGCCUGCUCUCGGCGGUCCCAAGAUGCCGCCAUUGGGAAGCUUCGCCCCUCCCCCAAGCGCGAGCAAAGAAUCUAAGAAGCGCCCCCGACCCGAUAAGCAAACCCCUGCGCCGGUUGCGGCCCCCGCUGAGAUUACCCCUACAGCCAACCGUACUGUAAUUCCUCCUGCGACCGCUCAUAAGAAGCCCAAGCUUGCCCAUAAGCCUCUGACAUCGGAUGUGGCGGUUAUCGAACCGACUCUCACGCCAGUCAUGCCGGAGCCUAUCCCCCCCCCGUCCGCAGCAACUUCCAACCAGGAGGAACUGGCGUUUUUCGAUCGCGUCAGGAAGCAUCUUGGAAACAGGACUUCAAUGAACGAGUUCCUCAAACUCUGCAAUCUGUUUAACCAACAGAUUAUCGACCGAGACACGCUUUACCACCAGGGAUGCAAUUAUUUGAUGGCGAACCAGGAGCUCCUUAGCUUCUGGAAGGCCUUCCUCCAAUAUGAUCCCCAGGAUGUCUUGGUUGACAAUAUUCCCGCCGCGCCAACGGGCAAGGUUUCUUUGAGUAACUGUCGCGCCCACGGUCCUAGUUACCGACUUCUUCCUCGAAGGGAACGCCUCAAGCCAUGCAGCGGCCGUGACGAACUUUGCAUGUCCGUGCUGAAUGACGGCUGGGCUUCGCACCCUACUUGGGCGUCGGAGGACUCUGGCUUUGUCGCUCAUCGUAAGAACGUCUAUGAAGAAGGUUUGCAUCGUAUUGAGGAGGAGCGCCAUGAUUAUGAUUUCCACAUUGAGACAAACCUCAAGUGCAUCCAGCUUCUGGAGCCGAUUGCCCAGCAGAUGCUCAUCAUGUCACCCGAGGAGAAGGAGCAGUUCCGGAUGCCGGCAGCUCUAGCGGGUCACUCCACUUCCAUCUUCAAGCGCGUCUGCAAGAAGCUGUAUGGCGACAAGGGUAUUGAUGUUGUGAACGAUCUCUACAGCCACCCCUUCAGCGUCGUCCCAAUUCUUCUCGCCCGCAUGAAACAAAAGGAUGAAGAAUGGCGAUUCUCCCAGGCAAACCACAUGGGCAUUCUGGUCAAGCAGACUGAUAAGCGACAACUCUCGGCCAAGCAUCUUGUCGACGUGAUCAAGACCAAGCAUGAGGAGCAACGCAGAGAGCGUAGCCUCAAGGGAUCUGCACCUCGUCAUCAGUUCCAGUGGUCCUUCUCUGACAAAGAUGUCACCCUCGAUCUCCUCCGACUCAUGGCGCUCUAUGCAAUCCAUAACAGCCAGCAUAGUAACACGGAGAAGGAGCGGAUCUGGGACUUCUUUGUUGACUUCAUUCCAACUUUCUUCGACCUUGACGACGCCGCAGUGCAGGAGCGAGUCCCCAAAUUCCAGCUGGAUUCUGGAGAAGAGGAUGCCGAUGACCCAACACCUUUGGAGUUGACUAAUGGCCGUAGCCGUCGCAAUGGUAGGAGGGGCGAUCUCCUCCGCGGUGUCCUCGAUCCUGGCCGCAACACAAACAAAUCCCGCGCAUCUAAGGAAGGUAGUGCUUCUGGCAGCAAGGAAACUACCCCGGAUGUUGCCUCUGGCAACGAGGACGAAACACCAGAAAUCAACGACGACCAUGCGUCAUCAGACCUCUCCAACGAGCGAUGGAUGCCUACUAUCCCCAAGCCCACCAUUCUCAAGAGUGGAGAAGAUGGCGACCUCCUGACCGCUGACAACGAGCUGAAGGCCGAUGGAUAUUUCCCACGCCCAUGGUAUAACUUCUUCUGCAAUCAGUCCAUUUUUGUCUUUUUCAGUAUCUUCCAUACGCUCUACCAACGAUUGCGCGAGGUCAAAGAGAGUGAGCAGAGUGUCACAGAAUCCAUUGCGCGCAUGCACCGGGUACGACCGGCUCAUGAAGUCGGUCUAACCGAAUCGCCUAAACUGUACUUCGAGUCCUCUGACACCCCGGACACGUACUGGCCAAAGACUAUGGAUUUGAUCGAGGAAUACAUCGUGGGCGACAUUGACGAGGCCCGUUAUCAAGAAGUUCUUCGCCACUUCUAUCUUGCAAAGGGCUGGAAACUCUACACGAUCCAGGAUCUCAUCCGGACUCUCUGCCGGUUGUCUCUUACCUGCAGCAGCGUGGACGGAAAAGAAAAAACCUACGAUCUCAUCAAGCAAUUCCUCGCUAGCCGUGAGCGAGAGGAGACGAGCUACCAGACCGAGAUUAGUGCUCGUAAAUUCGCCGAGAAAUGUGUCAAGGAUGGCGAGUUGUUUGUUAUUUGCUGGGUACCGGACAAGUCGGAAGCUAGCGUCCGAUGGCUCCAGCGUGACGAGACGACCUUCUACAUGGAUGAGAUGAAGCUCCAGCAGCGCUGGCAAUAUUACAUAUCAUCUUACAUCCGAGUGGAACCCACAGAGGGUAUUCCCCGAUCCAAGCUCUCAAAGGUCGUUCUCGCUCGCAACCUUCCAUCGGAUGUCGAUCUUGACGAUAGAAGCAUACCCAAGCCUGUCUCAUAUGACGAGAAUCUUGUGGUUAGUAUCUGUCUACGAUCGUCUAAGAUGGUUUGGGGUGCUGGCUCUUCGGAGAGUUUCCUGUAUAACUCAGCUCCCGCCACUAAGGAAGAGAAGGAGAAGCGCGAUAAGGCUGUCAAGAUGUCGACCCUUGCGCGUGACUAUCGCCUCCGGGAGAAGUUCGUCUUGAACAACUCGUGGAUGAAGGACCUCAGCCAGGAGGAGGUUGAGAAGUACAAGGCCGAUUACAAAAAGUGGGCGGAUGGUGACUCCGAACAAGGAGAAGCUGCUGCUCCUGAGGCCCGAGACGUCGAGAUGGCCGAAUAA